UCAGCCUCCCUCUUGCAACAGUGGCAGAGGUUCCAGCUGGCAGAUGUGCCUGUCCUCCAGCGCCUUUAUGUAAUCCCCAUCAACCAAGACACCAGUGCUCUCCAUCCUCCCCAAGAGGGAAACCCCCCAGAUCCCAUGGACUGCACACCUGAGACCAAGGCUUCCCAAGAUGCCUGUUUCCUCUGUGGUCAGAAACGUGGAGGAGAUAUGAGAGAAGCAUAUGUACAGGCUGGUGUUGGCAAAUCCCGUGGUGUGAUGUAUUUUCCCUUCAUCAAAAUGUUGCCUUGCCCACCUAACUCCCAGGGUGUGAAGAAUGGCCGUGUGCGCUGCUGCCCACAGUGCCAUUUUAUCCUGGAGGACAUUUGGGAAGCAUAUCGACUCAGCUUGAGUGAAGACCUCAUCACCUCUGUCAGCUCCUUCCUGGUCAGGUACCAUGCUGCUAUGGCGAUUGAGGGUUUUGGACCAGCUCAUUCCCAGAUAGGUGUUGCCGCUCGCCCUGGCAGCUCAGUGGCAGUGUGUUACCUGUGUGGAGCUGAGCUGUGUGCAGGUGAAGAGUACCAGCUGCAUGUCAACCCACCUGGGCGCUGUGGGGAGAGGGAGCCUUUCUUCCCCUUCCUAACCGUCCACCCUCCUGCACCCCGUGCCAAACCAGUCGACGCCACAGGCCUGGUGUCAGCUUGUAACCUCUGCUAUCAUGACCUGCAUGCCCAGUGGGCCCAGCAUGAAAGCAAGGGCAUGGGUCCAUCCAUUCCUUCUACCUCUAGCUUAUCCAGCGCCAACCCCCAGCCGCCCAGCUCCCCCUGGGCCCGGCAGUACAGUUGUGAGGCUUUUGUGUGUUUCUUCUGCAGGCAGGAGCAGCGCAGGCAAGGUAGGCUGUGUGCUGUUAUUGUGGCCAGGCUACCUGUGUUCCUGUAUGCACCUCGCAGCACAUGCACACUCCUGGUGGAUGAUGGGAGGAGGCUGGUGAUUGGCUCAUGUGUGGAAUGUAAGGCCAUGAUGCAGGUGGGACAAAGCAUGCAGCAGGACAGGGAUAGGCUGGGACAUGGAACCUCAGAUGGGGAGAAGAAAGAACCAGAAUCAGCCUCGCCACAGUCUAGACUUAAGGGUAGUGUUGUGAUUGAGGGUGCAGCUAAAACCAGCAAGGAGGCAGACUCAGGUUCCAGGCCUCAGCAACCUGCAGGUGACCACACUCCUCGCCCAGUGACCUUGGAGCCAGAAAAAGCUGACGGAGCCGACUGCCCACUUUCCAGUAUGAGCCAUGAGCCAAAGUCACCAUCGUUAGGAAUGAUCUCCACGGCAACCCGUACCACGGCGACAGUCAGCCCCCUUACCCCGUCGCCUCUCAACGGUUCCAUCAUAGUCAAUGGAAGCCCAGCUACUCAGUCUGCUCACUCUGGAUUCGCUGCAGCCCUCCGUAAACUGGCAAAACAGGCUGAAGAACCUCGAGCUGCGUCCUCCGUCAGCAGUGAAUCCUCUCCAGUGUCCUCCCCAGCCACCAACCACAGCUCUCCAGUCAGUACACCCAAGAGGGGUCCCCUUGGUCCAGGGCCUGUCCUGGUUCCCCCAGCAGGCCACAGCGUGCCAAACACUCCGCCUGUAGUCACCAUUGCUCCAACAAAGACCAGCAACGGCCUCUGGAGGAACGAGGGGCGCCAGGCUGACUCGGGGCCUCGUGGGGCCAGCAGGGAACGUCUAAGUGCAGAGGGAACCCUCGCCCAGGAAAAGGGUGGCCCUUCUGUUCCUGCCCACCUCCUGGGACACCCCUAUGCCUUUGGUCUCACCCCUGGGGCUGUCAUGCAGGAUUCACGUUUCCAGCCCCUGAGUCUGCCCAGACAGUUGCCUAACACAGUGCCCCCUGGUCCUGUACCAGAAGAGUACCUCCGCGGGUUCCGGCCCUAUGCCACGACUGAGGAUGCACUCCGCAUGCCCUCUUUGCCCUUGGGCCUGGACCCUGCCACUGCAGCCGCUGCAGCUGCCUACUAUCACCCCAGCUACCUGCCCCACCCCUCCUUCACACCAUACAGGAUGGAUGACUCGUUCUGCCUCUCUGCUUUGAGGUCACCUUUCUAUCCGCUGCCAGCAGGGGGAGCUUUACCCCCUCUCCACCCCUCUGCUGUUCACAUGCACCUACCAGGGGUUCGCUACCCUGGAGACUUCACGCACCCUUCACUGUCAGCAUUGCAGUCUGAGAGGCUUCAGCUGGAGGAUGAGCUGCGGCAGAGAGAGCGCGAGCGGGAAAGAGAGCGCGAGCGUGAAAAAGAGAGGGAGCGUGAGGCAGAGAGGGAGAAAGAGCGGGAGAGAGAACGGGAGAGGGAGAGAGAGAGAGAGAAGGAGCUGGAGAGGGAGAGAGAGCGUGAGCGAGAAAGGGAGCGAGAGAGAGAGCGGGAGAAGGAGCGAGAAAGAGAGAAGGAACUGGAGAGGCAGAAGGAGAGAGCAUUAACGGAGGAGUUGCAGGCGUCCAAGGCCAUGGAGAGCCACUAUCUGGUUGAGCUCCACGCCAUGAGGGGGCAGGAGGACCGAACCAAGCCUGAGAGACUCACCCCAAAUCGGGCUGAUAAAACCAAAGAGCCCGCCCUUCCUGCUCCCAAACCAGUCCCACCAGGACUCCACUCUUCAAUGGUCCAAUCACAUCAUAUGGUCCCCGGUCUGAUAUCAGCCCAUGGCAUCUACAUGGGGCCCAGCACUGUGGGGACAGGGCUCCCAGGUUCAAUGGUAGCUCAGAGGACCAAUGAAGAGGAGAGAUGGCUGGCGCGUCAACGCAAGCUGCGGCAGGAGAAAGAGGAUCGUCAGUACCAGGUGUCAGAAUUCCGCCAGCAGGUUCUGGAGCAGCACCUGGACUUGGGUCGGCCAGCUGAAGCAGCAGAUCACAGGACAGAGUCACACAGAGCCAUACCAAAUCACCAUGAACCAGGAAGUCGGGACCUCCACCCUCACUUAGGAGCCCCUCCACCCCUCAUCUCCCCCAAACCUCCACAGCCACCUCGUGAACACCACGCUCCUCCUCCCACCACCCUGUGGAACCCUGCGUCUCUUAUAGAAACGGCCUCAGAGUCCAGACGUAACCAUGAGCCCUCAGGGAUAGGACACUAUGAGCUCAGUCGGCUGCCCCCAGGGCCCUCCAAAUAUGAGGAUGGAGCUCGAAGGAGAGAUGGGGGACCAAUGGAGAAGUACCCCCCACUGCGAGGUCCUCCUGGCCUGUCUGAGCCCAGCACAUUUCUCGCUGAUCUGGAGAAAUCCACCCAGACCUUCUUCAGCCAGCAGAGGGCAUCGUUGUCACUGUCCAGCCAGUAUGAACUGGAGGCAGCUGUGAAGAGCAAUGCUGGACCAAAGAGCCUCCAGGGACACCCGGGUCACAGUAGACAUGGCCAAGGGCUAGGAAUGGUUGCUGGGUCAGGGGUAGGACAGGUAGCCACACUGGGGAUGAGUCCAGACACAGCGCUGAUCUAUGAUGAGUUUCUUCAGCAGCACAGGAGGCCUGUCAGCAAGUUAGACCUAGAGGAGAGGAGGAGACGGGAGGCUCGGGAGAAAGGUUACUACUAUGAGCUGGAUGACUCAUACGAUGAAAGUGAUGAGGAGGAGGUGAGAGCCCAUCUCCGGAGAGUAUCAGAGCAGCCCCCGCUCAAAUUGGAUGACUCCACAGAGAAAUUGGACUUUCUGGGAGUGUUUGGCUUAACCACGGUGGGUCGGCGGAAUGAGCUGGUGCAGCAGAAAAGAAGGAAGAGGAGGAGGAUGCUCAGGGAGCGCAGCCCCUCACCACCUGCCUCGCAAUCAAAACGCACUCCUCCUCCUCCUCAACUCAGCACACGCUACACCCCUGAGGAGAUGGACCGAGCACCCGAGCUGGAGGAUAAGAAGCGCUUCCUCACCAUGUUCAGACUAUCCCAUGUCACUGUGCAGCAGAGGCGAGAUAAUGAAAGGGUGGUGGAGCUGCUUCAGGCCAUUAAAGAGAAGAGCAUAACCUUGGAUACCAUCAGACAUGCCCCUCAUCCACUGUGUAAGAGCCCUCCAGCGCAGAUCUCUGAUCCUGCGUUUGGCCAGCCUCCCUCUGAAUCAGAGGAACACCACAGUGUGAGACCACACAGCCCCUCCUCACACUGCCCAGCAUCCCCCAGUGGCCAUCCAAAACUCUUUUGGGACACAUUAAGACCAAAGGAACCCCCUUCUCCAGCUGUCUACCCAGACAAGGCCCGGGGCCCUAGUGAGGGACUGAUCUCAAAAAGAAGCUCCAGCCUCCUGAACAGCUUGCGGCCCCCGCUCCCCCUGCAGGCUAAAGAGGCCCUUCACAGCGUCAAUGGAUGCACCAAACCCUGGGACAGCUUCACCCCAGAGGAAUUUGCCCAGCAGUUCCAUGAAUCUGUGCUUCAGUCCACUCAGAAGGCUCUGCAGAAACACAGAGGUGGAGCCACAGGUAUGUCGGAGUCAUCUCAUCUCCAGGAGUCCUCUGUUCACUACAACAUUCCAGAGCUUCAGGGCGCCCCUGUCCGACCACCACAGCCACAGUCGCACUCUCACUCAAAUGCACAUUCAUUCCCUCAUCCGCACUCACACUCCCACCCUCAGCCCAACGGGCAGCACUUCCCUACGCCCCUACGCCGGGAGGCCUCUGGGACAAAGGAGGACCUGUCUGGUCCAGAGGACUCUGAGGAGGAAGAAGAGGAGGAGGAAGAGGCUCCUGCUUCCAAGUGGCAGGGGAUUGAAUCUAUAUUUGAAGCUUAUCAGGAAUAUGUUGAAGAGCAAAGCUUGGAGCGACAAGUGUUGCAGAGCCAGUGUCGAAGACUAGAAGCUCAGAACUAUAGCCUCAGUCUGACUGCUGAGCAGCUGUCCCAUAGCAUGGGGGAGCUGAUGUCCCAGAGACAGAAGCUAGCCAUGGAACGGGAAAAGUUACAAGCAGAGCUGGAACACUUCAGGAAGUGUUUGACACUGCCGCAGACACACUGGCCGAGAGGCAGCCAUUACAAGGGCUACCCUCCCAGGUGACCCCAAUGUGCCGACCUCACAGCCCCCCUAGGUCCUGGCCAUCUCCCCGUUCAGACUGACACCCAGAGUUUAUUUUUUAUGGCCUGGUCCGCACGGUUCCAUGGAAGAGGAUAUGGCUGGCUAGAUAAAGAUAUAUGAAUGAAUGGAUAGAUGAAUGCAUAGUAGGCAGGACCAUUCAGUGAAGGACAGGCAGGCUUUGGAUUGUGGCCAGCCAG